CCACGUGCAGUCCCGUCUCCGCAGCGCCGCACGUCUGUCCUCUCCUCCGCUCCUUAUAUCAGCCCGUCUGCUAGACCCGCAGCAGCUACCAGCCUUUACCUCACAGCAGAGAUGUUUCGUUUACCCACCAUCAUGAAGCAGGUGAGGCCCGUGAGCCGGGCCCUGGCUCCCCACCUCACACGAGCCUACGCCAAGGAUGUGAAGUUUGGGGCCGACGCUCGCGCCCUCAUGCUGCAGGGGGUGGACCUGCUGGCCGACACUGUGGCUGUCACCAUGGGGCCCAAGGGUCGCACCGUCAUCAUCGAGCAGAGCUGGGGCAGUCCGAAGGUCACCAAGGACGGCGUGACUGUGGCCAAGAGCAUCGACCUGAAGGACAAGUACAAGAACAUCGGAGCCAAACUGGUGCAGGAUGUGGCCAACAACACCAACGAGGAGGCCGGCGACGGCACCACCACCGCCACCGUGCUGGCUCGGGCCAUCGCCAAGGAGGGCUUCGACACCAUCAGCAAAGGCGCAAACCCCGUGGAGAUCCGCCGUGGUGUCAUGAUGUCCGUGGAAGCUGUCAUCAACGAGCUGAAGGCGCUCUCAAAGCCCGUCACAACCCCAGAGGAGAUUGCCCAGGUUGCUACAAUCUCAGCUAACGGAGACGUUGAGAUCGGGAACAUCAUCUCCAACGCCAUGAAGAAAGUCGGUCGCAAGGGAGUCAUCACUGUCAAGGAUGGAAAGACUAUGCACGAUGAGCUGGAGGUCAUCGAGGGCAUGAAGUUUGACCGGGGUUACAUUUCACCUUACUUCAUCAACACAGCCAAAGGCCAGAAGUGCGAGUUCCAGGAUGCCUACCUGCUGCUGAGUGAGAAGAAGAUCUCCAGUGUCCAGAGCAUCGUACCGGCCCUGGAAAUUGCCAACCAGCACCGCAAACCACUGGUUAUUGUGGCUGAGGACGUGGACGGAGAAGCGCUGAGCACUUUGGUUCUCAACAGGCUUAAGGUUGGGCUUCAGGUGGUCGCCGUCAAAGCUCCAGGCUUCGGUGACAACAGGAAGAACCAGCUGAGGGACAUGGCCAUUUCCACCGGGGGCACUGUCUUCGGGGACGAGGCUGUGGGUCUGGCUCUCGAGGACAUCCAGGCUCAUGACUUCGGCAAAGUUGGCGAGGUGCAGAUCACCAAAGAUGACACCCUGCUGCUGAGGGGAGGAGGCAACCCGGCAGAGCUGGAGAAACGGGCAGCGGAGAUCGUGGAGCAGCUGGAGAGCACCACCAGCGACUACGAGAAGGAGAAACUCAACGAGAGGCUGGCCAAGCUGUCGGAUGGCGUCGCCGUGCUGAAGGUGGGAGGAACAAGCGACGUGGAGGUGAAUGAGAAAAAGGACCGCGUGACAGAUGCCCUGAACGCCACCCGGGCAGCGGUGGAGGAGGGAAUCGUCCCCGGGGGAGGCUGCGCUCUGCUGCGCUGCAUCCCGUGCCUCGACAACCUUAAAGUUGCCAACAAUGACCAGAAGAUCGGUGUGGACAUCAUCAGACGGGCUCUCCGCAUUCCUGCCAUGACGAUCGCCAAGAACGCUGGCGUUGAGGGUUCCCUGGUGGUGGAGAAGAUCCUGCAGGGCUCGGCCGAGAUGGGCUACGACGCCAUGCAGGGAGAGUACGUCAACAUGGUGGAGAAGGGCAUCAUCGACCCCACCAAGGUGGUGAGGACGGCGCUGUUGGACGCUGCGGGCGUGGCAUCGCUGCUCUCCACCGCUGAGGCGGUCGUCACGGAGAUACCCAAGGAGGAGAAGGAGAUGCCAGGAGGCAUGGGAGGAAUGGGAGGCAUGGGCGGCAUGGGCGGGAUGGGCGGCGGCAUGGGCUUCUGAGCCAGUCCUCCCCAACUUCAUACAGACUUGAAUCAUAAGAUCUGAGUCGGAGGCGGCUGAGAAUCGCCUCCACCGAACUUGACCACGAGUCCGUCUGAGCUCCAAAUGGGUGAUUUAUUUCUCAAAAGAGUCGAGCGCCGACAGAGCCCAGCUGGUAAACCGGAUCCCUCCUCUCAUCUCCACAACGGCACAGCACUCAUCAUGUACAAACGCUAACGGGGUUCAGCUGAAGGCACGGUUCAGGUCUAUUUCAGCCCGGUGAGUGAACCACCGGGGUCUGCGAGGGUCGCGUCGUCACGGGUCUCUCUUCAUCACAGAUUCUGGGGGCGGCUCCUGCUCGGGAAGGUGUGGGGGUCCCCCUACACAAGAAGACAUGAAACUGCAGAGAGCGCUCUUCUUAACCCGUAUAUGCUGUUUCUGUGAUCGGUGAAGCCCCUUAAUCUGAAAUGAAGACGAGCUCCACGUUUGUGAUCCAAGCAGACAUACCCACCCGGCUGAAAUGAACCGAAAGCAUCCUUCAGUGGACCAGAGACAGCAGGCCUUCACUGUCAUCGUCUUUGUCUGUUGUAGUUUAAUUUCUGUUUUUUUUUUUAUAUAUAUAUAUUUGUCUGUCAUCAGUGAUUUGAUUGAAUUAAACCAGUUUUCUUAUUGACUUUGAGCUUUUUUUUUGUUUUUGGUCUUAUCUGCUGGAGUGCCUGAAUGAGAGGCCCGUUCAGCCUGAAUGUUUACUCAUGUUCAUGCUUCAGUGAGCCGGUGACGUCUAGGAGGAAGAAGAGGGGUUCAGGUUUCUACAAGGUGUAAAUGAAACUUUUUGUCGUCUAAUAACAGAAUAAUACUUGCAUACAGCAGUCGGUAGGUGGUGUCUGUGUUCCCAUCUGUAGUGUGAAGAUGUUUAAUUUUUUUUUUUUCUUUUCUAAUAAAUGAAAUGCUCUACA